GAAAAAAAUAGCCUCCGAGAAAGCGCCACCAACAAAACCCCCAUAAUUGGGUUUUUAACAGUGAAGAGCUGUGUGUGUGUGUUUUCCGGCGAAAAUGGAAGUAGGAGGAAGCAGUGAGAGCCCAUCGGAGACGAAGAAGUCAAAAUCGAAAACACCCAGGAAGACUAAAGAUGCUGCACAAACUCUCAAACAGAAAUCUCCGGCGGAGUUCUUCGCGGAUAACAAGAAUAUUGCUGGUUUUGACAAUCCAGGAAAAUGUUUGUACACUACUGUCAGAGAACUUGUUGAAAAUGCGCUCGAUUCAGCUGAGUCAAUCGCCGAACUUCCCAUAAUAGAGAUAACAAUUGAAGAGAUUGGGAAAAAUCAGUACAACUCCAUGAUUGGUCUUGCUGACCAUGGGCGCGUUGAUGAAGCGCUAUACGAUGAUUUCGAGACAGUCAAAGCUCGCGAGAAAAGACUUGCAAAAGAAGCUCGUAUUCAAGAGAAUCAGGCGAAAAGUGCCGCUCUCGGAAAGAAAGGGAAAGCAGCCACAGCUGUUAAGCCCAUAAAGAGUCGCGAGACCUCGUAUUACAGGGUCUCUUGCAAGGAUAAUGGAAGAGGAAUGCCGCAUGAUGAUAUCCCAAAUAUGUUUGGACGAGUUCUCUCUGGAACAAAGUAUGGCUUAAAACAGACACGUGGAAAAUACGGGCUAGGUGCAAAGAUGGCACUUAUUUGGUCCAAGAUGAGUACGGGUCUACCCAUUGAGAUCCUUUCUUCAAUGAAGGGCCAAAGUUAUUCAUCGUUUUGCAGACUAGAUAUAGAUAUUAACAAGAAUAUUCCUCACAUUCACGUACACGAGAAAAGAAAAAAUGAGGAACGAUGGCAUGGAGCUGAAAUCCAGAUAGUAAUUGAGGGCAAUUGGACAACCUAUCGUUCUAAAAUACUACACUAUAUGCGUCAAAUGGCUGUCAUCACUCCAUAUUCACAAUUUCUUUUCAAGUUUCUGUCCGGAUCUCCAGAUAAAAAUGUGACGGUGAGAUUUGCGAGGAGGACGGAUAUCAUGCCUCCAGCUCCACUUGAGACAAAGUACCAUCCAUCAGCAGUUGAUUUGCUUUUGAUAAAAAGACUCAUUACCGAAACUUCAAAGCAAAAUCUUUUACAGUUUCUUCAACAUGAGUUCGUGAAUGUUGGGAAGUCACAUGCCGAGCGCUUAAUUGGGGAAAUGGGUACAGAUUUUAGCCCGAAAAUGGCUGUUAAGUCUCUAACCUCUCAGCAAAUUGUCCGCAUCCAUCAGUUGUUCCGUCAAGCAAAGUUUGAUGAUCCUAGUGGUGAUUGUCUUAGCCCAGCUGGAGAAUACAAUCUACGGUUAGGGAUUAUAAAGGAGCUGCAUCCAGAUAUGGUUGCUACUUAUUCUGGAAGCGCUCAAGUGUUUGAAGGCCACCCUUUCAUUGUGGAAGCAGGACUUAGUUUGGGUGGAAAAGAUGUUAAACAAGGCCUGAAUAUUUUCAGAUUUGCCAACCGUAUUCCACUUCUAUUCGAGCAAGGUGCUGAUGUCGUCACCCGAACGGCUGCGAAGAGAAUCAAUUGGAAUAAUUACAAGAUCAACCAAACACAAGACAAGAUAGGUGUCUUUGUGAGCAUUGUAAGCACCAAAAUCCCUUUCAAAGGCACCGGAAAGGAGUAUAUCGGUGAUGACAUCAGCGAAAUUGCUUCUGCGGUCAAGACAGCUAUUCAGCAGUGCUGCUCCCAGCUAAAAUCUAAAAUAGUAAAAAGAAUACAGGCUCGUGAACAGCAAGAGAGAAAACGGAGUUUAAACAAGUACAUUCCUAAUGCGACAACUGCUAUAUACGAUAUAUUAAAAGAGAUGUCACGCGCUCAUGCUUCAAAGAAAAGACGUUACGAUGGUAAGGAUGCGGAAUUGCUAAAACAAGUUUCGGCUCAGUUAGUCACACAAGAAACAUUGCGCGAAAAGCUUGCUCAACAUGUAGAACAGGUUGACUAUGAGAUGGCAAUGGAAUACGCUACACAAACUGGUGUAAAUGAGGAACCCAGGGAAGAGAUAUACAUUCCACCCCUGGAAGCUCAAUGCAGUUUCACUGAGUUUCAUAGCCCUAUAUUUGUCUUCAGACUCUUCAAUUAGGUAUUUUCACCUAUUUUUUUUACCGAAUUAAUUCGGUGAAAACCGUACCGAACCGAAUAGUUCGGUUUGGUAAAAGGUACAAAUUUUUGAAGUACCGAAAUUUCGCAGUAUUUGAGCAUUACCUGAGAUCGAAGAAUGUAAUUCCCCAAUUUGUUUUCUUUUAAUUUAGGCAGUUAAAAUAUAUGCAUUUGAUAUGGAAUAUUUUAUUGGCGCUUGUUUCUCUUCUGCAAAUGUAAAACUGAAUGAACUAAGGAAUUAAUUCAGGAUUUAGUAU